UAGCUAGAGCAUGAGUUGACAAAAGACAGUUGUCAUCUCCAGAGAUGUGAUCCAAAUUUAAAACGGUUAUUCAAUCAGGAUGUUCAUUAAUCGGAAGAAAUAUGAUACGUUUAUUAUCCGUGAAAGCAUAUGUUGGAAAGGAAGGACGGAAUAAUUUUAAUGACUGCUGCGAUUUUCUGCAGCAAUUACGCGCGGAAAAGAAUUUUCUUUCUAUCAGCAAAUAGCUAAUAAUAUUUGUGUAUUUUGACCUAUUAUGUAGUUUCUCCAAUCGCCAGCAAAAAUUAAAAAUUCCAAACUCAAUCCCAAGGCUUCUUCCUCACUUUCUGAUAUGCGUUAUGGUGUGAUCCACACAACAGAAAACGAAAAAGAAACCCUGGGAACGAGGCUGUUUCAACAAUUAACAAAGUAUAAAUUAAAUUCAUAAAGUAGGAAAGUUUAUAGUAGUAGGAUAAACAAUGAAAUUAGUCAGGCUUUGAGACUAACUGUACUUUUUUGUGUGUGUCAGAUAAAUGAUCAAGUACAAAAAGUGGAUUUGGAGGGCGUUUGGAGGGUGAUUUCGAAAAUAAACAAACAUUGCAAUAACCAGAAGAGAUGUGCGAAGCGAAGGAGCAACAGAAUACACUCUGGAUUUAUUUAUAUCGUUGUUCGAAGCUUGGACCAAGAUCAAUAUGGCGCAAACAAGAGGUAUGCCUGCUGGAAGAACAAUCACGUGCUGUGUGCGAUAAAGCGAUACGACAUCGCAUGGAGAGAGUUUGUAUUGAUCAUUCGCCAAUAAAAAGUCCGAACAUCAGAGCGAAACCUUCCGCUGAAGCACUUGCCUGCAUUUACGAUAUUAUGGAUGUUUUGGUGGCGUCCAAUCCUGAGUUAUAUACUGAUGUUUCUUUUAAGAUGAAUAUGAACAUUCAUGACGAGAGAGCUGUUUGUCGAGCGUACAGCGACUUUGCAGAAAGUUUGUUUCAAAAAGGCGUCACCUGGCCACUGAUCACAGCGUUGUUCGCUUUCUCAGGAAGUCUUGCAGCAGAGUGUACAAGAAAUGGUCGCAGUAUAUUAGUUCGAAGCAUCUGCGAUUGGGCCACCGUGUUUAUCGUGAUGCGUUUGAAAGAAUGGUUAAAAGAAAACAAUGGAUGGGAAGGUAUUGUCAGUUACUUUGGUGAGCGAUCAUUCUCAGCUGGUCAAUGUGCGUCUUCAUUUAUCAAAUCUGGACGAGCUCAAAUAAGAAGAGCAUCACUUAUGUUGGUCAAAGAAGAUUAUAAAAAAGAAAUACUCGAAAAAUGUGUCUCUGGCGUUAAACUAAACAAUGAACUUUUUCAAAAAGGCAUAUUUUCUUUUAAAAUCAUUCAAACGCUAUUUCUGUUUGUCGCUUUGUUAUUUCUGGUCGUGUGUAUAACGACCGCCAACUUUAAUCGCACCAUAUUUAAUCCGUCUCAUAAUGAGGUUGGCGCGAAUUCAGUAAGAUGUGAAAAAUAUUUAUCAUGACAAAAAAUUAGAAUAUAUGUUGAGAAAUCCGAAGAAAGAGCGAUGUUGCAUUGUGGGUUAAUACAGUAGCUAAUGUUGUUUCAACAUAAAAACUUUCAAAAAAACAACUUGAAGAAGCUAAUGAACUUGUACAAACUUGGAGGAAAACGAGCGAGACAUCAAACUUUACAAUUUGGCAGUCUUAACAUGAAAUUUCAUUCCGAAUCGUCUUAUGCUGUAUGUAGAUAUCUGUUAAUAUAUUUUAAAAUUUAAAAAUAUUUAAGAAUUGUGUAAAUAAAUUUCAUGUCGCAUGG